UUUCUUUAUGUCAUUUGUGGCCGUCAUCGCCGUCAAGCAACCCUGCCAUCAACAACAGAACACCUUCAUGAAGUUUUCGUUUUGGUAAUUGCAUAUGUUUGUACCGAAGAUUAUAUAAAUUAUGCCGAAGAAUAAAGGAAAAGGAGGUAAAAACAGAAGAAGGGGGAAGAAUGAGAACGAAACGGAAAAACGUGAGUUAGUAUUUAAAGAAGAUGGUCAAGAGUACGCCCAAGUCACAAAGAUGCUCGGUAAUGGCCGCCUGGAGGCCAUGUGCUUUGAUGGCAUAAAACGUUUAUGUCACAUUCGAGGAAAACUCCGAAAAAAAGUCUGGAUAAACCAAGGAGACAUCAUAUUAAUUGGUUUACGAGAUUAUCAAGAUGCAAAGGCAGACGUUAUCCUAAAGUACACUCCUGACGAGGCAAGGAAUCUGAAAACGUACGGAGAAUUCCCUGAAACAGUGCGUAUUAACGAAACUGUGGUCUAUUCUGUUGAUGGACUUGAUGAGGACAUCGAGUUCGGAGAUGAAGUGAGUUCAGAGGAUGAAGCUGAUGCUGUUGAUGCUAUAUAAAAAAAUUAGCUCUAUUUAUAUUUACC